AUAUCGUUUCCUUCGCAGCGCGAACUUAAAUUCUGACAUGAGAAACGUGGUACUGAAUAGAAAAUCAUCCGUUCAGUUUAGGCAAACUACCCUUGCCCUUGGCCGCACUGUGGCAUUCUUCAGCCAUCCAGCGCUCCACGCCAGGCAAGGCCAGGUUCUUGCCGCGAUGGGCAGCACAUCAGGUGUUCGCACGUUCAGCAAAUCCGAUGACCCGGUCGCAGCGGAGGAGUGCUGCAACACGGUUGGCAAGGGUUUCGCCUCCGAGCCCAACAACGUGUUCUUCUGUGCGGACCCCGCGCUCUUCGAGGGCAGGUGGAGGGCCAUCGCCCACAACAGCCUACUGCGCAGCCCCGAGACCCCCCUGCUGCACUCGGUGGCCUCCGGCGAUACGCAGCACGCGGCCGUUGCAUUUGCUUACUCCUACCCCGAGCAGAAGACACCGGAUGACGCGCCGGAGCCGCCCGGUGUCAUCGACCUGUCCGGCAGCGGCCGGCCCGAGGCGGUACCCACACGGGAUGAGAUGCUCAAGUACCUCGGGGACAAGAAGACCGAGUUCUACCAGCGGCGCGGGCCGUUCGAGUACGUGGCCUUCCUCGCCACUCGGCCCGAGCACUGGGGGCGAGGCCUGGGGUCGCGGCUGCUGAAGCACCUGACCGACAGGGCUGACGCCGGGGGCCGGUGGGCGUACCUGGAGGCGACCAACGCGGACAACGCGCGGCUGUAUGCCAGGCACGGCUUCCGCGAGAUCGAGACCAAGGUGUGGACGCUCGAGUGCCUGCCCGGGCAGCGCAUGAUGCUGAUUUACAUGGAGCGACCACCCUCGGCACAGCAGCAGUAGCGGCAGCGGCAGUAGUAGCGGCAGCAGGAGCAGGAGCAGUAGAAUCAGCAGCAUGGAAUGGAAUGGCUGUGCUGUAAGGAGGAACCAGCAUGCAUGGAAUGGAAUGGCUGUGUUGUAAGGGACGAUAGUGUUAGUAGUUGCAGAUGCAAUGGUGGAUCAGUGACAGCAAUUGAAGCAGGUUGGGGAGGUUCAGGAGGCCAUGUGACAGUUUUGGCGUGAUUUUGACAAGAGUCCGCGCGAGCGGCGCUGGGGCUUACUUGGUGAAUCUGAAGCUGCCACGUCAGGGCACGGGGGUGACGCACGGGGUGUGUAUGGCACAAUAUGCUGGUGUCUCUGCCAACGUAAGCGAUGUCUCACAUGUGAGUUUGUCCCUGGCGGAUGACGAUACAGGCUGUGCUUCAACUGGCGUGCUGGUACAUAGCGACUACGGUAUGGCACCCCGAACAAACAGGGGCUGUGUGUACCGUGUGCGCAUGUGCAAUUUUGCACAGGAAACGGUGGCUCUCCCUCUCAAGGGAGAAGUGGGCUGCGCUCCGGGGGGUCUGCCCCAGAAAGUGUAAGGAUGCAACGAG